AAGUGGAUCGAAGCGCGCCCGCCGCUCUCUCCCCGCCGCCCCCCACCCUUCAGCAGCAGCGGCAGCGGCAGCAGCGGUAGCAGCAGCAGCCACCCUCAACAGCAGGAGUCUCCGCUCUCCAGGUCGGGCGGCACUCCGGGGCUCCCUCCGACAGCCCGAUCACCCCCUCGCCCUCCUGCCUGUCCUGGGCGCUGCUGUCCCCUCCCACCCUCUCCGUCCCCAUCCUGCGCCGCCGCCGCCCGAGGAGGAGGAAAAGUUGGGCCCGGGGCUGGGCGGGCCAGGCUGGGCUGGAAGAUGAGCGAGCUGGAGGAGGACUUCGCCAAGAUCCUGCUGCUCAAAGAGAGCCGGAUCAAGGAGCUGGAGAAGCGGCUGUCCGAGAGGGACGAGGAGAUCCAGGAGCUGCGGCGCAAGCUGCACAAGUGCCAAUCGGUGCUGCCCGCGCCCAGCAGCCACAUGGGCCCGCGGACCACCCGGGCGCAGGGCAUCUCGGCCGAGCCCCAGACCUACCGCUCCUUCCACGACCUGCGCCAGGCGUUCCGAAAAUUCACCAAGUCCGAAAGGUCCAAGGAUCUUAUCAAGGAAGCCAUCCUUGAUAAUGAUUUCAUGAAGAAUCUAGAGCUGUCUCAGAUCCAGGAAAUUGUGGAUUGUAUGUAUCCUGUGGAGUAUGGCAAAGACAGCUGCAUCAUCAAAGAAGGCGAUGUGGGCUCCCUGGUGUACGUCAUGGAAGAUGGAAAGGUUGAAGUUACCAAAGAGGGGGUGAAGCUGUGCACUAUGGGACCAGGCAAAGUCUUUGGAGAACUCGCAAUUCUAUACAAUUGUACCCGCACAGCCACCGUCAAAACUCUUGUAAAUGUGAAACUCUGGGCCAUUGAUCGACAAUGUUUUCAGACAAUAAUGAUGAGGACAGGCCUCAUCAAGCACACGGAGUAUAUGGAGUUUUUGAAAAGUGUCCCCACAUUCCAGAGCCUCCCUGAAGAGAUUCUAAGCAAGCUGGCUGACGUUCUGGAAGAGACGCACUAUGAGAAUGGGGAAUACAUCAUCAGGCAAGGGGCCCGAGGGGAUACCUUCUUCAUCAUCAGCAAAGGGACGGUAAAUGUUACUCGAGAAGAUUCCCCAAGUGAAGACCCAAUCUUUCUCCGCACUUUAGGGAAAGGAGAUUGGUUUGGAGAAAAGGCCCUGCAGGGGGAAGACGUGAGGACUGCCAAUGUCAUCGCUGCAGAAGCAGUGACCUGCCUAGUGAUCGACAGAGACUCCUUCAAGCACUUGAUCGGAGGCUUGGACGACGUUUCUAACAAGGCCUAUGAGGAUGCAGAAGCCAAAGCAAAAUAUGAAGCUGAAGGGGCAUUCUUCGCCAACCUGAAGCUGUCCGAUUUCAACAUCAUCGACACACUGGGAGUUGGAGGUUUCGGACGAGUUGAGCUGGUCCAGCUGAAAAGUGAAGAAUCUAAAACAUUUGCCAUGAAAAUUCUCAAGAAGCGCCACAUCGUAGAUACAAGACAGCAGGAGCACAUCCGUUCAGAAAAGCAAAUCAUGCAGGGGGCUCAUUCAGACUUCAUUGUCAGACUAUAUCGAACCUUCAAGGACAGCAAAUAUUUGUACAUGUUAAUGGAAGCCUGCCUGGGUGGAGAGCUUUGGACGAUUCUCAGGGACAGAGGUUCAUUUGAAGAUUCGACAACCAGAUUUUAUACAGCAUGUGUGGUAGAAGCGUUUGCCUAUCUGCAUUCCAAAGGAAUCAUUUACAGGGACCUCAAGCCAGAAAACCUCAUUCUCGACCACCGAGGUUAUGCCAAACUGGUUGAUUUUGGCUUUGCAAAGAAAAUAGGAUUUGGAAAGAAAACGUGGACAUUUUGUGGGACCCCAGAAUACGUAGCCCCCGAGAUCAUCCUGAACAAAGGUCAUGACAUUUCAGCAGACUACUGGUCACUAGGGAUCCUAAUGUAUGAACUCCUGACUGGCAGUCCCCCUUUCUCAGGCCCGGAUCCUAUGAAGACCUAUAAUAUCAUCUUGAGAGGGAUUGACAUGAUAGAAUUUCCAAAGAAGAUUGCCAAAAAUGCUGCUAAUUUAAUUAAAAAACUAUGCAGGGACAAUCCAUCUGAAAGAUUAGGGAAUUUGAAAAAUGGAGUAAAAGACAUUCAGAAGCACAAAUGGUUUGAAGGCUUUAAUUGGGAAGGCUUAAGAAAAGGUACCUUGACACCGCCUAUAAUACCAAGUGUCGCAUCCCCCACAGAUACAAGCAACUUUGACAGUUUCCCUGAGGACAAUGAUGAGCCGCCACCAGAUGACAACUCGGGAUGGGACAUAGACUUUUAGUGCAUUUUUCUUACCUGCUUCUGCCUUGCUGAAGACAGCUUUUCUGAGACACGGCUGCCAGCAAACCUGAAGGAAUGGGAGAAGAUCCAUGCUCGGGGUCACCAUGAUGCCUUGAUCGACGAUGCUGCUACAGCACUCCAGUGGCAUUAGGACUUAUCGCUUAGAUGACAAUAUGCUCUCUCUACAUGUUUUAUGUUUGAAACGAAAAUUGCAGUUGACAUGGUGGUCCUGAAGCAAAGCCUUUUCACCAGUAAAGAAACGUUUUCUACCACAUCAACGAUCUUGCUUUGCUCUAGUUAUAAUCUGAAUGUUUAAAAUGGUAUAAGAAACACUUCAAUCAAGCUUAGGUCUGAACCUUGCAGCUAGGAAUCUCAGUAGGAUCAAAUUGUGCUUUAUUGGGUACUGUAGUCCUCUAUGGUAUGGGUGGCCAGGGUGUCAACAGUCUUUAAGAGAAGGAUACAGGGGCCUUUUACUGCAGGCCAGUGUCUAUACAAAAAAGGACCACAAAUUGAUCAGUCAAGGAGUUCAUGUCAAAUCAGUGCUAAACAUUCUUUCAUUUUUUUCCCCAAGUAGUAGUCAUGACAAGCCUGAAUAUUUCCUUUUUGUCUUUUUUUGCCUCAUUUUCCUUUUUUCUUUACCAUCUAUUUUAAAUAGCAGGGGAAAGAGAAGGGAACAAGCAUUUAUUAAGCGCCUACUAUGUGCUAGACACUGUGCUAAGCGCUUUCCAAAUAUCUCGUUUAAUAUUUUUUAAAUAGUGAUAAAAGCACAACUCUGCUAAUGGUUUCUGAAAACCAUCAUAGCAGAUGUGGACACAAAUGACAAUGAUAUUCAGGAUGUUUCUGGAUUUGGGACUUUUUGUUUGGUUGGUGUUUUUCCUUUUGGUCCACAAGCUUGGUUGGAUUAAAAAAGAAAGAAAGAAAGAAAUUCACAAAACCAUUUCAUGUUUUAGCAGAAUGGUCCUGGAGCUGGAAGGGCGGCAGCUGAUUGGUUUUAUCCAUUCUUUAAUAGGCCCUCAGACUGAGGCUUAAAAAUAUUCUCAUUUUUUUAAAGAUCUCUCCUCUUCCUGAGGGGAAAAAAAUAAGACCCAUCAAAACACCCCACAAAACCACUCUAGAGGUGCUAUGUAUAUCUUUCAUCGAUAAAUGUCAAUGUGUAAACCAGCCAACACACAUCUCAACCAUUUCAUAUGCAUUUCACAGGUAGCCAGAGACUCACACAUACAUUACCACUGAGGUUAUUAAACCAAACUCUUGUCAUAGUUCACUUUCACAUCCCCUGAGCUCCUGGUCUAUGGAAAAGGAGAUGGGGGAAGGGGGGAAUAAAAUCAUUUAAAUCCAGCUUCUUGUCUUACUCUCUAGAACUGAGACUGGUGCCACCAUUGGACAGUCAGCAAUUGAGGAAUAGAACAAUACAACUGAGGCAGUUCAGGGAGGAAGACAAGAAUCUGACCAGCUCAAUGUCUGUGUUUUUUUUUCAAAGGUACUAUUCAUAAUGAUAUCAGCCCAUUAACAUCCGGAUAAAGAGGAAGAGGAAGCGCAUUGGGCAGGAAUGAAAUAAAUUUUCAUAUUUUUUUAAUCAAAAUACAAAUAAUAAUAAUUCUUAAAAAUAUUUAACUCAUAAAGACUGAGUCAAAAGACAUUGGGAAUAUGUACGUGCGCGUGUGUGCGCGCACGAGCACACACACACACACACACACACACCCAAUAACCUAAUAUAAUCAGAUCUGGUUUUGUGUGUCUGAUAUUUUGAAGUUUCAUGCUCAAAAGGACUUGCCCAGGUUUAUCUAGUCCAUUUGACCAUGAGUCUUUGGAAUAUUAUUUUGGCACAAAGUACAGUCCACAGUCAGAGUUCUACUUUUUUGGUAAAUCAAUAUUUACUAGGAUCUCUUCUGGAUUUGGAAUAGUGUGAAGGAAAGCUGAGGGAAGUUUUCAUUGCAGAGGCAGAUGAGGCAAAGAGUUAAAUGAAUCAGCUGAAGAAAUCAAAUGUGCUUAUUUCUGCAAAAAGGUAUCCACUUUAGAUCUUCAUGUCAGAAACAGAGAAGCCAAGUGAUUUUAAGGUCUGGUAAAUGAUGCAUUGCUUUGAAAUUUCUUGUAUUGAAGACAUCUUCCGAAAUGCAAUGACUUUAAUUUUUAUUUGUGUAUAAGCACAAAUGUACACAGACUCUCUGAAAUACAGAUGCAGGACAGGCAAGUUCAAAUAUCAUCGUGUACACAUAUUCUGAACCAAAACUUUACGGUUUUUUUUGUUGUGAUCAUUUUUAAAAUAUGCUUUCUAUUUCCUUCCAAAUGUUCCAAUUUUUUAAAAUGAAAGUUAAAAAGCAGAUAAGUACUAAUAUUUUUAUUUCAUUAUCAUCACCAAAUAGCUCUAAGCCCCCAGUUUAACAAAAUUAUUUUUAAAAGAGAGCCAGCUUACUCCUGCUGAUUUCAGAGGUCUAGACCAGACAAAUCAACCUGGGUUCCUAGUCUAAAAAUUGUCUAUUCCUAACUUUCCUUCUGAUCUGGUUUGAUUUUUUAACUGGCCCUUUUGCAUUGAAUUAUUAAAAUAAAAAGAAACAACAAUAGCUAGAGAGAAUCAAUAAUUUUUCAAAAUAAAAUUUAAUCUGCCCAAGAUUUGCUAGAACAUCAAAUUUGUCUAAAAAUAGGACAAAAUGCUCCCAAAUUAAAAGACAAAACAAAAACAAAAACUCAUAUGACGUUUCAGUGGAAUAGAGAUCCUCCCCUACUUGUCAUGGGUCUCUGCAUUGAUUAUCUAUUUGAAAAAUUCCUGAAAGUUAACUUUAUAAAGCUACAAAGUAGUAGUGGGCACCAUGAAACUAAUUACACAGAUUCACUCUCUCUGAUAUUUGUAUAUUUCUAGUGUAGGUUGCUUUGCACUAUGUGGAGCAAUAUCUGAAAAGAUUUGAUUCUUCCAACAAGGAACUACUAGCAUCAAGCAAAAAUAAAUGGAAACCCAACUAAACAAGCAACAUGUAUCUAAUCCACAUCAUCUUCACCACUGAAUCUGAGGAUUCUGAUACUGUCUGUAUGCAGUCACUAAGGCUUGAAGGCUAAAAUCCUAAUUUUCACAAAGGACUUUUCACCUGAUUUCUGAAACUCUUCUUUUCCCCUUCCCUCUGUUUUCUACCUAAUACCGAGUAAUAGUAGUGGUAUCUAGAAGGAAUGUCCUUGUUUGCUUUGCUAAAUCUCUUGUGAAUACAUCAAAGUUUGGGGAGAAAGAGCUUUCGAUGGGACUUUAUUGACAGUGAUAAUGAGGAACAGCUAAGGAAAUGGAUGUCAUAUUAUUUGGGGUGAACCAAACACAUAAAAGAACAUUUUCCUUGGGAAAAUUCUAGAAACGACCUUUAUGUCUUUAUUUCCUCUUUAUCCUUGGACUCUAGGACAUAACAUCUGACCCGUGUAGCUUUUAAUGCCAAUCUGUUGGGAUCCUUUAUUGCCAGCGCAAAUAUAUUUUCAACUGUUAUUCUCUCCUUACAAACGAUGGAGGAAUGCAUAUGAUUUUCACAUGCACACACAAUAGUAUUUAUUAACUUACCAUUAUUGAUUUGUUUUCCUAAUUUGAGUCUUACUUUUAUGUGAGCAAACUAACAACAUACCAGAAAAUUCCAAGUCAGCUACCAUAUUGAAAACCAGGAUGUUAGAACUGAAAUCCCAAGGUAGAGGUGAUUUGUGGUUUAUUUCAGAACGGCAUUAUUCACAAACAGUUUUUCUUUCACAAUAGGACCACAAAGAAAUAUUUAUGUAAAUAGAUAUUUUCGUGCUGAUAUUUUGUGGUACAUAUAUGACUUUCUUUUUGCCCGUGUUCCAUGGCAUCCUCUUUUGGUUUACUUCUUCGUAACAGUGUAACGAUUUUAGGUCUGAGUAGACUUGAAUGGUCAUAUUUGUCGGUAUUCUUGAAAACUUCUGUCCAUCAUCCUGUUACUCAUCCGUCCCAUAGUUUAGAUCAUGACCUGGCUAUUUGGUAUUGUUGCAAGUGCCUUAAAUUCAUGGCAUCCUAUUAAAAAAACAAAAAAACAAAGUUGGUGUUAUGCUGCAUGACAAAGACAAAUACACCUCAAAUUGUUGUCCUUUCUUAGCUUGCUGCGUUUUACAGUUCUUUCUGCUAACGAUUUAUAAGCCUUUAUUAUAUAAUAUUGAACUACAGAAAUGAUGAAGUGGUUCUCUUAUUUCUGUUAAAUGUACCAGAGCUGUGUAUCUGUUCAUGAGAUACAGCGUCAUUUCUGUGAAAUGUCUAAAUGUACGUGCAGGUCAAAUUAAUAUAUGACAUACUAUCAGUCUGUAUACAGGUAUUCCUGUUUUGCUCAGCUGUGCAGAUUCAAUGAAAAAAAAAUUAGUGCAGUAAAAGUUCAAACAUAUCAUGUUUUCUAGACUCCAUUAUAAAUGGUCCAUGGCCCCCAAAAGGAAACAUUGGUCAAUGUCUGCAAUUCAUGCCAGACUCAGUCACAACCUGAGACAAAAUUCACAUGAACAAGAGUCCCUGGGUACACCCCAGUCAACAAAACAGGAUUAUUGCUUUCUAUGAGUCCUUGUAUAUGCAAAUCGUUUAUGAGACAAGUCUCAAACACACCUAGAAAGCUGGACGUCGAAAGUGUGUUCUUAGUCCUCUUCUAUAUAACUGUCCCCUGCAUAAACCGACAUAGCUCUGAGACUUUGAUAACGUCUCCAACGUUUUAGGCUUUUUGAGUCAAGGGAACUUUAUUUAAGCAUUGCCUCAGAUUUAUCCCAGUUUAUGCUGUUUUUACACUGGUCAGUUCUUUUGUAUUCUUACAGCGAUGAUUCUUUGACUGUCCUCUUAUGGAUCUGUUCUACAUGAAAGAGGCUUUUUUUGUCUGUCAAAAUGUGACACUCGUCAUCAGAAUGGUCCCUGACCAUUUGCACUCUUUCGAUGUAGAUGGAAAACUUUUUUUUUCAUGAAGUUACCCGCUUUUGAUUUGCUCUGUAUUUUCCCUGCAGCUGUAAUUGCUGAGUGCCUGUUGUAUACUUUAUA